GGGAAGAAGGGAGAGAGGCAACAGGUCGCCUGCCGUUGGUCACUCUCAUAUGUUCAUCACUGCCACAAGGGCCAUCUUCCUAUUGGUAUGUUGAUACUGUGGUUAUGGAUUGUGAGCAUACAUGCAGGCUUGGUAGCAGUCAGGUGUGGAGACCCCAAUUCCAUAUCUACAGCAGAGAACACCCAUGGUCAAAGUGGCAAUGAUCCAGCCCAUCACCAACAUUCCCACUUCUCACAUGAGCACAUUGUCUCCCAAGCUGGUACUAGCCAUAUCCAUCCUCAUACUUCCUGCAGUGAGAAGAAUGACUGUAGCUCGAUGGAUAGAGAGCGUGGACCAGUUGAGGUAUAUAAGCAACCUGCUGUUCCUACUGAUCACAAAAGACUUGUUGCCGCUAAAAAGCUGGUGUCGUUCUCAGAGAAAAGCAUGAUAUUGGGUGUCGGUACAGCAUCUCAGACAUCUGGACAUGAAGGUUUAUUUAAUGAAUGGUUAGUAGAUGAUAAAAAGGGAUAUAUGGAUUCCACAGAAAGCAUAACUGAAUAUCACAGUAAUAAUCAGCAAACACUGAUACAGGAUGAGAGUGCUGAUGAUAUGUACAAGCAUUCUGAAUUAGAUGAAGAUCAUGACGAGUGGGCCACCAAUGAAGCUGAAGAUACUCGCUCUGCUGUCAGGAUCCUCCGUCGCGGAGGAGACUUUGAAGAGUUCAUUGAAAAAGGACCCAUUGUGAUUGUUUACUUCUAUAAAGAUGGUGGGUCUGAAGCACUGACAAGGUUCUUGCCAGAGUACAGCAAGUCAGCACAACACCUGCUGCAAUACAACGUGCUGCUGGCUACGGUGGAUUGUGCAGUGUACAAGGUGGCCUCUUACUGCACACCGGAUAAGGUUAACCGAUAUGCAUAUGGCUUCCGAGACGGCCAGGAGAAAAUUGCUUUUCCACUAGAUACUCUCUUCAACAAUAAUGCCAUCGUGGCCUCUGCCCUGCACUUGGCCUUGAUCAGUGCUGUGCCCAUCCUUCAAACAGCAGGGGAGAGAAGGGACCUUGAGGCCCGCUGUCGGGGUCGCUGUGAUAUUAUUUUCUCCUUUCUGCAUACCUUGGGCACCUUUGAGCAUCGAAUGUUUUUAGAGGUUGCCUACGCCCACCAAGAUAAGUUUGUCUUUGCCAUCACCACCUACACUGCUGGCACCUUGGGUCUAGCCAACCCUCAUCCAAAUGAUGAGCGAGAAAACAUCCUGUGGGUUAUGCACUGUUCAGAUAAGACAACAGAUGAAGAUUGCGUGGUGAGCCACUAUCGCAGUAAGAUGAUCUUAUCCCAGCUAUUGGUGUUCAUCCAUGCCCUUCAGCUGCCCAUUUGGCAUGAACUGGCAGUAUCCCCAACCAGCUCAGAAGUGGUAACACCUUACGAUGGGACAGGGUUACCCUGGGUUCUGCUGUUGUAUGAUGCUUCAUCUCGCAGCCGUGUGCAAAGUCUUGCUCCCCACCUGGCCCAGUUACUACAUGGUUCUGUUGCCACUAUCACAGUCAACUUAGAGGCAGUGAGUGAUGCAGCCCUCACCAAGUUGGGUCUGAUCAGGCAUACCAUCACCACCCCAGCCAUUGCCUUCCUCCAGUCUGGCCAGGAGAGUGCAUCAUUGUUAAAUGACUACGAUGAUGCACUGGAGUGGGUGAAUGAACAACUGACAGCCAUGCUGCACCAAGUACCACUCACAAAGGAGGAGCAAGGCUACCUUCCUGUACAAGCACUGGAGGAACUACAGCAAGAUGAUGAGGUGGUACUGGCAAUGGUGAAGGAAGACAGCUUUACUAAUAUUCCUUCUCUGGCGGGUCCAGAACCCUACGCUUCGGCACUCAAUGUCAACACACUCUCUGUUAUUGUCUUUUACCUUGCUUGGGAUCCAGUCAGCAAUGCACUAAUGCAACACAUGAAUGCUGUUGCUCACAAACUUCGGAAUUAUGGCAGCCAGGCUUCCAUGCAUCGUAUCAAUUGCUUUGAUUGGCCUUAUCUUUGUGAUUCUUUGGGAAUUACUACAUAUCCUGUACUUCGUCUCCAUCCUAAAGGAAGACGUAAUAUUACUUAUGAUGGACCAAUCCACAGAGAUUACAUUUUAAAGACUAUAUUGCUGACCGAGAGAAGCACACCUACAGAGUUGACCAACAGUAAGGAAUUGGAACAGAUGCUGACUCUAAGUGAGGACAUUCACCCAGCCUGCAAAGUUACCUCCUCUGCUGCUGUUGGAAUAUUCUCUUCAGUUAAAGAUGCAACAGCAUUUACCGAGGCUUCUCGUGUGCUGGAAGGCAGCCAUCUCUUGGGCCAGCACAUUUUACCUCAUGCUGUUGAUACCUGGUGUGAGACAAAACGAGGUUGUGUGGUAGUAUCCAAGCCUGGCGACAAAUUUCAACCCAGAAAAAUACUUAAUAAGGAAGUUGAGAAGUCUGGGGUCAUCAUUAACUUUAUCCAGCAUGCCUCACUCCCAGUGAUGGCUCCAUUGGAUCCGGAACGAUAUUCAGCUUUACAAGUAGGAGUCAGUGACAAUGAUGAACUCCCCCAUGCAGAUGAACACUCCCAGGCUGAUGAACAACACCUCAUCAUACUCUUCUUACCUUCCAAUUACUCUCUCUCAGUAUUAAGAGAAAAGUCAGCCGAUGCUUGGAGGUACUCUUCAGAGCAAGUGCAGGGAGGCAGGAAUCAACUCAACAAAAAUGAAGAUGAUGACCAUUCUAAGAACCCCGAUGAUAUGUGGAGCAUAGUUGGUCAAUUAGCAGCUGAACUAUCAAAACCUGGAUUUAUAUUUUCCUGGUUGCUUUGUGAUGACCCUCUGGCAGAUGACUUACUACCGGUCUAUGGAUUGUCUCCUGGAGUGAAGUCUCUUGUAGCUGUGAAUCAAAGGAAACACACAGUGAACAUUUUUACAAAGAGAGAAGCCACUAAGGCCACUAUUAAAGAUUGGCUCAAAAGGCUUCGAGGUGGACACCUCCAACCAUCCAUUGAAUUGCCAAAACAAGAGUGGGUGCCUCGUCUGCCAGGAUUUGACUACCUCAAGUUUAUGCUUGAAGACCAAGAUCGUGAUGCAGAAGACCACCUCAUACUGGAGAUGGAAGCCGACCUCAGUGCUCAUCAUCAAGGGGACAGCAGUGAAAAUAAGAAACAUCCUCAUGAGGAACUUUGAACAGUAUGUGAGGUCCUUAUCAAUUCUCUACAACCUGCUGUCACCAUGGAAAAUAUAGAGACUUUUAUUAUAUAUUUUCAAUGAUGAAUCAAGAGCCCCAUGAUCUGCCUCAGUAACAAGAGUGCCAUGAUAUACAUCUGUAACAAGAUCCCCAAUGAAUCAUCUCUAGCAAGACCCCCAUAAUUUGCCUCUAGCAAAAGCUUCAUUGUGCACGACCACAAAAACUUCUUUAAUUGUGACGUGUAUUCAAAAAUUUUUUGAUAUAUUGCUAAUACUGUAUAUGAUUUUAUGAUUUUCUGUCUCCAUAGACACUGCAUAGUUUACUUAAAAAGAAAAUUACUGUAUUGUAUUUCAGAAAGAACAAGUAUACAAUAUGUUGAUUUUCUAAGAGUGCAAUAAUGAUUUAUUUGAUUAUGUUGUCAUAAACAGUACAAUAUAUUAAAUUUUGUACUUUUUUGUAUUAACCAGACCAAGGAAGACAUAUUGCCGUGUAGGAAAAUCAAACCACCUUGUGAAUUUUUUAAACUUAUGUUUAAAGAAGUGAAUAUCUGUAAAUAUGUUCAACAGUUGAGCAGUUGUAAUGUCUAAAGGCAUUACAUAAAGUUACCUUCAUUAUCAAAGAGUUCACAAAGGAUCCAAAUAGUGAACAAAUAAUUAAAGUGAUAAAUGACAUUAAGCAGUAUUUAUUGCACAUUUAUUGUAUUUAUUUGUUUUACUUUAACGGUUCAUAGAAAUCAGUAAAUGUGAUCACACCAACUACUCAUUUGACAAAGGGAAUUAAAGCCAAGAAAAUGUCAACAAUAUUCUUUCCCAAUAUCAGUAUCAGUAAAAGCUAAUGAUUUAUAUAAUUUUUUGUUUAUUGAAACAUUCAUUGUAAAAAAUAUAAAUGCAAAUUGCUGGUCAGUCCUGUGUCUGAAUCAUUUAUAUACAGUACUGUACAUAGUAAAUAAUAGGUCCUGGGACACAGCCCUGCGGCUCUCCACUUGCAUUGGUGUUCAAUUUGUAUUUCAGUUCAUUAAAUGCUAACUCAUUGUUUCCUUUGAAAUAACCAUUCCCAUGUCCAACACAGGAUAGCAUCUCUCCUUCCCACCCUAUACCAUGAACCUCUACCUUUCUAAUCAGUGUUUUAUGUUUUGGAAGAACCUGCUAAAGUCAGAGUUCACAGUAUUACAAUCCUUUCCACUAUCAACUUCCUCUAAUAUACUAGAAAAGAGUAAGAUUAAUUGUGUCCAAUAUGAGCAGCACAUAGUAAAGAAUGUAGAAUACUGCACUAUAUGUAUAAAAUACGACUUGAUAUCAAUCAGCAAUAAGAAAUGGUAUGAUCAAUCUGUAUGUAAGUACAGAAUAAUACACUACUGUAUUGUAAUAACGUAUUGAUAAGAUAUAUAAAGGCUCAGAUUACAGUGGCUACAUAGUAUCCAGGUACAGUAUUUGUGUAUUUUAUAAAGCUACUAAUAAUGCACAACAUUUUGGGCAUAAUUUAAGAUAAUGAGUGAGAUGAGCCAUUUUUGGAGUAAUACAUAAUAGUGCAUGAGAAAUAUGCUAAUACUGCAUACUGUAUAUGAAUGGUUAAAGAAGAUUUAACAGGUAGGUUUAGAGGUAUAUUAUUAUAUUCUCCUUUAAUAAAUAAGCAGUUCAGAUAGUGCCACUCAACCUACAAGAAUAAAGAACACAGAUUACCU